AUGGCCGAGGAGAAUAAAAACAAACCACGAGACCGGGACGUGACGGUGCAGUCGGCCUACGCGGACGAGGGGAUGGGCCGGCCCUGCAUGCUGGCGACCUGUUGGGCACAGGAAGCGUCCGGGUGCCCAACCGUACCUGCGAGGGUUAUGAACAAAGAGACACGGGCCAUGUUGGACACCGGCAGCGUGGUCACCCUCCUCCGCCCCGACCUGGCGGAGGGAAGGGAAGGGUCACCCAUGGAGGUGACAUGUGUACACAGGGACACCCGAACCUACGGGACCUGCCACGUAGUCAUCCGGACACCGCAGGGGGUGUUCACGGCUAGGGCGGGGAUCGUACCACACCUCCCGGUGCCACUCCUGAUCGGGAGGGAUUGUCCGAUAGCCCACCAGAAGCAGAUCGUGCCUCACCGGGAGGCCCACCAGAAGCAGAUCAUGCCUCACAGGGAGGCCCACCAGAAGCAGAUCAUGCCUCACAGGGAGGCCCACCAGAAGCAGAUCGUGCCUCACCGGGAGGCCCACAAGAAGCAGAUCAGCAGCCUGUGGGACGAGAAGCUAAAGGCGGUGGACAAGGAGAGGAACCGCGAGCUGCAGGAUCUAACGGGCAAACAGGACCGCCGCGAGCAGACCAACGCUGAUGCCUUGUCCCGACGCGAUACCUGCCUGGGCGGGUUCCCCUACUACCGGGGGGCCUAAUCAAGCGGUGGAGUGUGGCGUCCCGCCCCUUAAACCUCGGUCCGGACGGACCCGAGGUUUCAUCCUGGACGGCAAAUACUACCGUCAUCCACCAGCCGGCGACGGGAGAGCACCCGUGGAACCCCAAUCGGCGAGAUGGGAGACACCUGGCUGGACAGCCAGGAAGACACUCUAAAAGGAGCACGAGGACUGACAUUUGGGAGGAACGGGAGCGAGGGAGAAGGAAGCGCUCGGGUCCGCGAGCGACUAGAGGCUCACGGAGGCCCUAGAGACCGCAAGCAUAUUAUUUGUCUAAGAUGUAUGCAAUAAAUGCCGAGUGCGGCUUAACCCUCGCUUAACGUGUGAUUCCUACCUGGAACCCGGCACAUUGGGGGAGCGGGUUACCACACCGUGUUAAAAGGAAGUUCACAGUGUGUUAAUGUGUUUAAAGUGAGGGGUGUGAAUCUGAGGUUUUAGCUCAUGCUUUUUUUUUUUUUUUUUUGCUUUGUUCUACAGGACGCCUUCUUCUGUUUUGGCAUUAUGUAGAGUGAGUAAAGUGUGUGUGGUGGCUUUAUAUCAAAGAUCUUUGCAAGGAAAUGCCUGUGUUAACGUUGACUUGAGAAACCUGCUUUCUGCUUUGGUUUGAGAUGAGCAAUUAAAAAUAUAUAAUUCCCUGUUGUUUACCUGUUUACCACUUCCACAUUUUAACACAAUGAACAUAGGCCUGCUCCUCACCAUUUUGCAUUUUGUUAUAAUUUGGUCAUGAAAUUGAACAGUUACUAAGAAAAUAUGGUCAACAAAAAUGUACGUUACUAAUUGGAUUGAGAUCAGAGGCAAAGCAUUUCACAUGUAGGCUACUUCUAAUGCUAUUAAGUGCUAGCAAAGGAAAACCAUCGUAUUUUUCUAUCACUGUCAUUAACAAAUAGGAAAUGUUAUAUCAGUAAUGAGGAAGUUAGAGAACACUCGCUAUAAGAAGCCUUGCUCUCCACAGUGAGCAGUAGUUUGAGACACACGACACACAGACAGACAGACACAGGGAUAGAUAGAUAUGGGUCGUUCAACGUCACAUGAAGCAAGCACAAGCAGACCAAUCACAACCACAAUGAAAGCCAGCACCAGCACAGCAGCAAGGACCUCAACAUCAACACCAACCACACACACUCUGAAAGGUGGACCUAUAGACCCAGUGUUAGCAGCAGGGGUAGCGCUGGGUACAGCGGUCCUGUUGAUCGUGGGCCUGGUUCUCCUCAUUCACUGGCAUAGAAGGAGAG